GGGCGGGGCUUGGGUCCGGGGCGCUCGGGGCGGGGCUUCCCGUUCCGGAGCGCCGAGCAGGAGACCCAGCGGAGCGCGGCGAGACCCCUAUGGCGAGCGGCGAGCCUCCAGGCGGCGACCGCGCGGUUCCGCGGCCGCUGCACUCGGCGCAGGCGGUGGACGUGGCCUCGGCCUCCAGCUUCCGGGCCUUCGAGAUGCUGCACUUGCAUCUGGACCUGAGGGCCGAGUUCGGACUGCCGGGGCCGGGCCCGGGAAGCCGGGGGCUGAGCGGCACGGCGGUCCUGGAGCUGCGCUGCCUGGUGCCUGAGGGCGCCAGUGAGCUGCGGCUCGACUCGCACCCGUGCCUCGAGGUGGCGGCGGCGGCGCUGCGGCGCGAGCGACCCGGCUCGGAGGCGCCCGCGGAGCCCGUGCCCUUCCACACGCGGCCCUUCUCGCGCUACGGCCAGGCCCUGUGCGUGGGCUUCCCGCAGCCCCGGCCCGCGGGCGAGCGCUUCCAGCUGCUGCUCACCUACCGCGUCGGGGAGGGGCCCGGGGUUUGCUGGUUGGCUCCUGAGCAGACAGCAGGAAAGAAGAAGCCCUUUGUCUAUACCCAGGGUCAGGCUGUCCUGAACCGGGCUUUCUUCCCUUGCUUCGAUACUCCUGCCGUGAAAUACACGUACUCAGCUCUCAUUGAGGUCCCAGAUGGCUUCACGGCUGUGAUGAGUGCUAACAGCUGGGAGGAAAGAGGUCCAAAUAAGGUCUUCUUCCAGAUGUGUCACCCCGUCCCCUCCUAUCUGAUAGCUUUGGCCAUCGGAGACCUGGUUUCUGCUGAAGUUGGACCCAGGAGCCGGGUGUGGGCGGAGCCCUGCCUGAUCGAGGCUGCCAGGGAGGAGUACGAUGGGGUCCUAGAAGAAUUUCUGGCAACCGGAGAGAGACUUUUUGGACCCUACAUCUGGGGAAGGUAUGACCUUCUUUUCAUGCCACCAUCCUUUCCAUUUGGAGGAAUGGAGAACCCUUGCCUGACCUUUGUCACCCCCUGCCUGCUAGCUGGGGACCGCUCCUUAGCUGAUGUCAUCAUCCACGAGAUCUCUCACAGUUGGUUUGGGAACCUGGUCACCAAUGCCAACUGGGGUGAAUUCUGGCUCAAUGAGGGUUUCACCAUGUAUGCCCAGCGGAGGAUCUCGACUGUCCUCUUUGGGGCGGCUUACACCUGCUUGGAAGCUGCAGCAGGGCGGGCUCUGCUGCGGCAGCACAUGGACAUCACUGGCGAGGACCACCCGCUCAACAAGCUCCGAGUGAAGAUCGAACCAGGUGUUGACCCGGAUGACACCUACAAUGAGACCCCCUAUGAGAAAGGCUUCUGCUUUGUCUCAUACCUGGCUCACUUGGUGGGUGACCAGGAUCAGUUUGACAAUUUUCUCAAGGCCUAUGUUAAUGAAUUCAAGUUCCAAAGUAUCUUAGCUGAUGACUUUCUGGAAUUCUACUUGGAAUAUUUCCCUGAGCUAAAGAAAAGGAGAGUGGAUUCCAUUCCAGGUUUUGAAUUUGACCGAUGGCUGCACACCCCCGGCUGGCCUCCCUACCUCCCCGAUCUCUCCCCUGGGGACUCCCUUAUGAAGCCUGCUGAAGAGCUGGCGGAGCUCUGGGCGUCUGAGGCGCUGGACAUGAAGGCCAUUGAAGCCGUGGCCAUCUCGAGCUGGAAGACCUACCAGCUGGUUUACUUUCUAGAUACGAUCCUCCGGAAAUCACCUCUCCCGCCUGGGAAUGUGAAAAAACUUGGGGAGACAUACCCAAAGAUCUCAGAUGCCCAGAAUGCAGAGCUGAGACUACGAUGGGGCCAAAUCGUUCUCAAGAACGACCACCAGGAAGAUUUCUGGAAAGUGAAGGGUUUCCUGCAGAGCCAGGGGAAACAGAAGUACACCCUUCCACUGUACCAUGCGAUGAUGGGCGGCAGCGAGGCGGCCCGGUCCCUUGCCAGGGAGACCUUCACGGCCACCGCCUCCCAGCUCCACAGCAAUGUUGUCAACUACGUGCAGCAGAUUGUGGUGCCCAAGGGCAGUUAGAGGCUCCUGUGCCAGGCCUCUGCCGCUGCAGAUGUCGCAGGCUUUCCGAAGAAUUGCUCCCAAAUCCCACUUCUCCAGCCAGCUUCCCGAAGUGUGUAUCCCCCAGGAGGGUCUGCUCCCUGGGCUGGGCAUCUGUCCGCAGUGCGGGCUGCGGGCUGCGGCCGGGGAAGGCGGCCUCCCCGCCUUCCUGCUCCCUGGGGAAGAGCAGAGGGUUUCCUUCUUUCUUUUUCUUUUCUUUUUUCCUGAUUUUCUAAGUACUGUGCAAAGGGCUGUGUUCCAGUCAUUCUUUUUCAAGUGUAAU